AACGCUACCAUCAUGACAUCCUUUUCAGAGCUGUACUUCAACGUAGACAGCGGUUAUCUGGAGGGACUUGUCCGGGGAUUCAAGGCCGGCAUAUUAUCUCAGGGAGAUUACCUUAACCUGGUGCAGUGCGAAACCCUUGAGGAUUUAAAGUUGCAUUUGCAGAGCACAGAUUAUGGUACCUUCCUGGCCAAUGAAGCGUCACCCCUUGCUGUCUCUGUUAUUGAUGAUAAGCUAAAGGAGAAGAUGGUGGUAGAAUUCAGGCAUAUGAGAAACCAGUCAUACGAACCACUGGCAAGUUUCAUGGACUUUAUCACGUACAGUUAUAUGAUUGACAAUGUGAUCUUACUUAUAACUGGAACACUGCACCAGCGAUCCAUCUCUGAAUUAGUGCCCAAAUGCCAUCCUUUGGGGAGUUUUGAACAAAUGGAAGCAGUCAACAUCGCUCAGACACCAGCAGAACUCUACAAUGCUAUCCUCGUCGAUACACCACUAGCUGCAUUUUUCCAGGACUGUAUUUCUGAACAGGAUCUUGAUGAAAUGAAUAUUGAAAUCAUAAGAAAUACUCUUUACAAGGCCUACCUGGAAUCCUUUUACAAGUUUUGUGAUUCACUAGGUGGCACAACUGCAGAUGCAAUGUGUCCAAUUUUAGAGUUUGAAGCUGACAGAAGAGCAUUUAUAAUCACAAUAAAUUCAUUUGGCACUGAGCUUUCAAAAGAAGACCGCGCCAAAUUGUUUCCGCACUGUGGAAAACUUUAUCCAGAGGGAUUGGCCCAGCUAGCACGUGCUGAUGACUAUGAACAGGUCAAAACAGUAGCUGACUAUUAUCCAGAAUACAAACUACUGUUUGAAGGUGCAGGUAAUAACCCUGGUGAUAAAACCCUAGAAGACAGGUUCUUUGAACAUGAGGUAAAGUUAAAUAAAUUAGCUUUCCUAAACCAGUUCCACUUUGGAGUUUUCUAUGCAUUUGUAAAGCUGAAGGAACAAGAAUGCAGGAACAUUGUGUGGAUUGCAGAAUGCAUCGCUCAGAGACAUCGGGCCAAGAUUGACAACUACAUCCCUAUCUUCUAAAGUCACAUUCCAACCUACUUUCCUGUAUAUUUUCCACAGGCACUGCAAUACCUCCUUCACUUUACUUUCCAUAUCAUAGGCAGGGGAGACAAACCAUUUUAAAUGUGCAGUGAAGUUUAAUUACCCUCUGCUUUUUUUUGUAGUUACCUCAAAGAACCACAGGAGAUUUUAUUUAAUAUGUGCAAUGCCAGUGGCCCUUUUUCCUUCUUCACAUGAGGUGUGAUGCAUGUUAUGCAUAUAUGACAAAUAUACUAUGGUUAGAUUCAAAUUCUUUAAUAUAAGGGGUAUACGUAAAUUGAGACUUAUCUGUUAAGGCUGAUGCACACAGACAAUUUUCUCUUUACCCUCUGUUUUUAGAUUAAGGUAGAGGCAGUAAGUACAAGCAGACUGCUAGUGCAAGCACAUACAGGUCAACAGACAUUGUCAUGUGUUUUUGCCAUGCCAGUGCUUUUGUCACAGGUCACAGGUCUUGCAUCUUGGCAGGAGAUAAUGUGCAAGCUGGCACUGAGAAAGCUUCUAUUUACUCAAGGUCUUACAAGGAAAUUAAUUUGUGGCCAACCCAUUAACUGAAUUUUACAACAGAAUGUAUAAUGAUUUUUAACUUAAAGGAACAGUAAGGGUGAAGACACAUGGAGCUACUUAGUAGCAGCUAACACCAGGAAAUAAAAAUGUUUUAAAGUAAAGUGCGCUGGUAAAAGUUGGGUGUUUUCUUCAGAAACAGUACUGUAGUUUACAUAAACAAAGUUUCUGGGUAGCCAUGGAGGCAGCCAUUCAAGCUUGAAAAAAAGGAGAAAAGGCACAGGCCACAUACAGAUAAGUUCUAUAUAACAUAAUUGGAGUCUACACAUAACAUAGUGUAACAUAGUUAUAUAUACAUCUGAUGUAUAACUUCAGCCUUUUUUCAAAUUGAAUGGCUGCCCCCAGGCUACACAGCAGCUUUGUUUAUAUAAACUAUAGUAUUGUUUCUGAAGCAAACACACAACUUUUACCAGUGCAGGGCAAUAGUGCAUAAUAUAGUAAUUAUUUUGAUAAACUUAAAUUUUUUGGUUUUACUGUUCCUUUAAGCUUGUGACCUAUGCCGUAAAUAUAUUAUUCCCAUGAAAGGUAUAGAUUGCCACCAGUAUGAUAGACUUUCUAAGGCAUCUUUGUGAACCGCCUAGAAAUAGGUGUAAUGUAUUUGUUUUAUGUGGUAACUUUGUCACUGUAUGAAUUGAAUUGUUUACAUGAAUAACUCCCCCCCCCCCCCCCCCCCCCCCCCAAUAUCUUCAGAUGGCUAGCUAUUCAGUAGUUGGAGGAAGGUUCAACCUUAUCCAGUUGGAGGGUGAAAUGGUCAUUUCCAAGCAUCAGAAACUUCACAAACUUCAUGAUCUGAUAAUCCAGACAAGUAGCCAAGCUUUCACCUUCAUGUCUGCCCUGUAAUUCUGAUGUGAUGAAACAUAAUAUAUUAUUUUAUUCAGGUGAACUCAUGACUUUAUGUGAUUUCGCCUCAAAUUUAAAUAUCCAAAUUUGCUCUCAGGUUCAGUAUUUAGGCUGAUGGCAGACGAGGAGUAGGGCGGAUAUUUUUGGCAAGCGGAAAAGCGCUUGCGGUUUUAUGCGUAUUUUGGCUACAUGUGCCUGAACCCGAGCGCAUUCCAUUCAUUUGGGUGCAGGCACAUGUAGGAGGUGUAGGGCGGUAUUUUCAGCAAGCGCUUUUCCGCUUGCCGAAAAUAUCCACCCUAUGCCUCGUCUGCCAUCAGCCUUAGACAAAUCCAUAGAUUGUGAAUACAGGGCAUUCCCUAGUUACUAAUACUUUCCUAACUGUCAUGAAUAUGUAUCACACAGUGAAGACAAAUCUGAACAGUUUGCCACUUACUGGAGUUUUUGUCUGGGUGUAGGAAUUAUUGUUCUUACAAGGGCUACUUUAGUUAUCCUGUCCAUCAGUGCUCCUUAGUACUACUAUGUAUAUAUAUAUAUAUAUAUAUAUAUAUAUAUUAUUGAGCUAGCCUUUAGGCGGAGCACAUGGCUUUCCAGACACACAGGCUCCCUUCCAGUUCUCUGGCAAUUUCAUGAAAUGCACCAUAAAAACCUACUGUUUUUUUUUUAUUUAUGGUGCAACAGCUCACUUAGAGAUGUUACAUCGUAGAAGUUGCAUCAUUAAUCUUUACCAUAUGACAGUAUGGUGUAUAAACCUUUAAUCACUAUGCCUAAAUGUAACAUCUAUGCGAUCUGAUCACAAACUUUAUCUCUGCGCUGGUGCUCCUGUUAGGGAAAAAACAUGCAAAACCAGGGAAAGAUGUAAUACAGCUUGUGCCCCAUCUUGCUUUUCAGACAUGAGCGUUUGUGCAGUAGAGUAAAAAACUGCAUUUUACUGCACAUAUCUGAAUUUGAGUCUGCCAGCGAAUGACUGGGACAGGUAAAAUGGCACUACAGCACUGCUUUACUUUUUUGGUACCCUUUUGGGUCAUUAUAGGGACAGCAGGUUUUACAUAAUUCUAAGGUUUAAGAAAAAAAAAGCGCAUUUUAAGGGAAUGAUUCGCUUAUCAGCACCCAUUAAAAGAAACCUAAAUCGUAUGUUUUAAUUUUAUUUUGCGCAUUAUAACUGUCAUUAAGCAAUGAUGUAAUGCUUCAUGCAUACAGUAUACAGUAGAUUCCAGCAUAGUCCCAAUUAAUCACAUGAGAGUGUUUCCCCUGUAUGAUGUGAAGACAAGAACAUUUCGUUUGAUGUGGAAAUCCAUUGCCCUUCUUGUCAUUUUGGUUAAUUUUCAGAAUUGUGGCAUUGAGUGGUAUUUUUAUAUUUUCUGAUUUUCAGUGUUAAAGAAUAUAACUGUUAUUCUGGAAAAGAAGAUCACCAUAUUAUCCUUAUAUGUGCAAUGUUAAAAACGAUAUUUAAAGAUAAAUCCUAUUUCACUGAAUGCAUUCUCUUAAAAUCUUAUAUAUGUAAAAAUGUGGUAAUAUAAUAAAAUGUUUUACAGCGUU